UAGCUGGAAGUGCGAAGGUGCGCGCAAAGUCGCUCGUGAAACUACCAUCUGCGCCCGGCAGGAGCCAACGCGAGGCAAAAUGGCGGUCACGCAUCUAGACGUCGGCCUCCGCUGCAUCAAGUACCUGCUCUGCGCGGUCAACUCUCUCUUCGUGUUGACAGGAGUGAUGAUAAUAUCGGUUGGUACGACGAUCUAUGCUGUUUAUGAAAACUUCUCGCAUUUUCUGGAUCCGAGUUAUUUCUCACCAGCCACACUUUUGAUUGUGGUUGGAAUACUUAUCUUCAUAAUUGCCUUUAUGGGAUGUUGUGGUGCACUCAGGGAAAGCACUUGCAUGGUUCUUGUGUUUGCUGUUUUACUGUCAUUUGUAUUGCUAUUGGAACUUGCCGCCGCCAUUGCUGCGUAUGCCCUGCAGGAUAGUAUCAAGGAUCUUCUAGCUGAGAAGAUCAAUUUAACGAUGCAUCAAUACGAAAAGAACGAGGAAGCCAAGUUUGCAAUCGAUUUUAUGCAGUCUAGGUUACGUUGCUGCGGAUAUAAUAGCUAUAUGGAUUGGAAUCACGUACCAUUCAAUAAUACACAUAUGGAUGUACCUGACUCUUGCUAUGCAUAUCUAACAGACGAAAUACCUGAACUUUCAGAACGUUGUUAUGGAAAAUAUCAGGAGGGCUGUAUCAGCCGCCUUUCUAUUAUUAUUCAUCGCAGCGUACUAUACAUUGGCACAGGAGCCGUAGCGAUCGCCCUAAUUCAGUUAACGGGAAUUAUGUUCGCAUGUAUGCUCGGUCGAGCUAUUAGGCGUCAAAAGACAGAAAGAGAGAAGCGUCGUUGGGAAUUACGAGAAAAUCUAGUGAACGGUUAUGAACCAUUGGGAAAAUCAGAUCCCAUAACUACAUUUCCCGUAGUGUAUAUGUCGCCAGAAUAUCCAUUAAAAGGCGAUCAGAAAUCUUAAUAUUUUGAUAUAAAAAUCGAAUAAAUGUACAAAGUCAAAUGUAUUUUUUUUAUUCUUGUUGAGCUCACAAGAAAAGAUUUGCAAAAUUGAGUAAUGAGGAAAUCAGAGAAAUUUUAUUUUCUAUAAAACAACAAAAAUAGAAGACAGUUUAUGAAAAAUGAAUAUUUAUAUUUAAUUUUUAUAAUAAUCUGGCAAAUUAAGAAUAAAUCUAUUUUUAUAAUAGAGCUCAGUAAGUUAUUGUCAGAUAGCACAAGAAAAAUCAGUACUUACUACCAAAUAAUUGUGUGAUUCAUAGAUUAAUAUACUUUUUCUUAACUAAUAUA